CUUGUCGUCCGUUCUAGAGGUUCAUUCAGUUUCAAAACAAUGAAUCGAGGAAAACGUGCUUAGUCGGUAGCAAAAAAACAAGGAUGAAACGUUUACGAUCUAAAGGGAAAUCCUGUGUACAAACCGAAAUUGUGGAAACAAAAAAUUGCAUGGUGGUAGACAAUCACCAUCAUGAAUUGAAAUCAAAAGAUGAAAUAAGGAGUCUGAGGAAAAAUCUAAUCGAUUGGUAUGACAGUAACAAACGAAACCUUCAAUGGCGAGAUUUAGCUAAGCAUAGGGAUCCAAAUAUAAGAGGCUAUUCAGUGUUAGUCUCAGAAAUCAUGCUGCAGCAAACUCAAGUAGCCACAGUCAAGUCUUACUACUCCAGGUGGAUUGAGAAGUGGCCAGAUUUUACGUCUCUUUCUCAAGCAACUUUGGAAGAAGUGAACACUCUCUGGUCAGGGUUAGGUUACUACUCUAGAGGAAGACGUCUCUAUGAAGCAGCACGUAAAGUUGUUUUCGAAAUGGAUGGCAAGAUGCCUCAAAAAGCUGAACAGUUGCAAAAGCGGUUACCUGGGGUUGGACCUUAUACGGCUGCGGCCAUUGGGUCAAUUGCUUUCAAUGAACCAGUCGGUCUCGUUGACGGGAAUGUGAUUAGGGUAAUUACAAGGUUGUGUUCAAUUGGUGCAGACACUAGUAAAAAGAGUGUGGUGGACGUCAUAUGGAAAUUAGCCAAUGAGUUGGUAGAUCCGGAAAAACCAGGAGAUUUCAAUCAAGCGAUUAUGGAAUUGGGUGCGACAGUAUGUGCUCCAAAAUCUCCUGCUUGCCAAUCUUGUCCAGUCAGUUCAUUAUGUCGGGCCAACAGGAGAGCAACGCAUUACAGCACAGGUUGCCCUACAGAUAUCGAAGACGUUCCCGGUUGUUCAUUGUGCCUGCCAAUAGACCAGUCUUGGGUUGGGACAGAUGGGGUAACCAAUUAUCCUCGGAAAGCAAAGAAAUCUGCAGCCAAAAUAGCCCGCAAUAUGGUCUUGAUUGUUGAGCGUACAGCAAAGGAAUCAGCUAGUAAUGAGUAUUUACUGUGGCAAAGACCAGUCAACGGUUUACUGGCAAACCUGUGGGAGUUUCCGAGUUUUCCCUCCCAUCGGUGGAGCGAUGACUUGAACGAGAGCAGCGAACUGACGAAUGCAUUGGACCAAUCGAAAAGCUUGCUGACCGGUCGGGCCAUCGAACGCUGCCAGUACGUGGCAGAUGUUUAUCACCAAUUUUCUCACAUAGACCAAACCUACGGUGUCUACCGUGUUGUGGUCAGUCCGUGUGAAGACGCUGAUGACGAUGUCUUAGCCUUGCCCGACCACUAUCAAGGCUUCAGGUGGCUUAACGCCCGUCAGAUUGCUGAAGCAGCGGUCUCUACCGCUAUGAAAAAAGUUUUCCGCGCCUUCACCCAGAACGUGAAUGGUAGUGGCAGCCGCUCUUCGUCGUCAUCGUUGAAGCGGAAAACGAAAUCAAAAGAAACCGGAACCGUCUCCAAAAAGCAGAUGACGUUGCAGUCAUUCUUCAAAAGCGAUCAAACUCAAUAGAAAUCAUUAAACUUGGAAAUGAAAGGAUAACAAGAACUGAAGGCGUAAAAUGUGUAUUAAGUAAAGAGGAGAUGGAUAUUGGAUGGGGAGCACAGGAUACAAUUUGAAUUAAUUGCUUGUGAUGAUCUCCACAUGAAAGAUUACAACACUGAAACAGAUAUCACAAUAGCAAGUGGUGAUAGUAACCAAGAGAAUCGCGAUUCACACACACAUACUAAGCAUGUUUUUUUUGUUUGUUUUUUUUAUUGAACUUUUUCUUAUUCGGUAUUUUUUUUAUUAGUAUUAUUUUUAAAGCGCGUACAUACGCACCAAGCACAUUGUAUGCUUUUUCAUUCUUAAUUGCCCGAGAUCACGCAGAUACACAAGGAUUUGUUCUUUUCUUUUUUUUUUUUUUUCUUCAUUAUUUUCGCUUGAUGUUAUUUUCGUUCAACAUAGGGGGAUAGAUGGAGAGGAUAACACAAAGAAAAGAAGAAGAAAAAAGAAAAAGCCGAAAUAAGGAGGUCGACAAGACUCACGAGCGAAUCUCCGGUACCGUCCCACCCAUUGCCAUUGAUGAAUUAGGAAAAAUUCACGAUCAGAUUGUUUGUUUUUUUGUGUGACGAAGUCGACAAGGCGUGAAUUUGAACCGGCGAUGAAGGAGAGGUAGAAGAAGAGAAGGAUAGAUGAUGAAUUACUCUAGGAAUUUUGCGAGUGAGCGAUGACUUACAAAAAGAAAAAAUAUAUAUACCGCAUGUAUGAUCAAAUC